AUGGUCAAAAGUCUCUUCGAUUUUGCAUUAACAGUUGUUUGCCGCGAGCGGAUACGCAUCGAUUUGGGGUAUAUGCCGAUUCAUUGUAAACACAAAGUAUUGGAAUUCCUCUCGAGUCAUGAUCGGCUGGGCCUUGGCGAUAGUGGGGAUUUGAUGAAAUAUCCACUUUUCGGAAUGAAUUUAUCCACAAUCUAUUUUUAUCUCUCGGAUGAGGUGAACGACGGAAUGUUGGCUCAUCUGACGGAAUACAACAAAUUCUUAGAUAAAAUCACGUUGAUUGAGUGUAAAAAUGUGAGCGAUACGGGUGUGCAGAGUGUGACGAGGGCACAGUUCAAUUUGCAUACGUUGGAGUUGAGAUCGAUGAAUCAAUUAACCGAUCUCGGUCUUUCAAUGAUUCGUUCUCCUCAUCUUCAAACAUUGGAUAUUAGUGGAUGUAAACAGAUCACUUCCGAGGGUUUACAAGAGCUUUUAUCGUGGAAUCGGAAUAUCGAGGCUCUUUACUUGAAUAGUUGCACUGGAUUGGAUGAAAUGCUUUUCUAUCAUAUAUCUUAUUAUAUACCCGAAAAGCUAUCGAUUCUCGAAUUGGAUUUUCUCAAUAUAAUUCCCGAUUCAUCAUCAGUACUUUCACAUCUCAUCUCAUCGUGUCCAAAUUUGAAGCAAUUAUCGUUAGCGAGAUUUUUUCAGGAUGAAGAAAUGCUUGAUGUAAACCCAUAUCGAAUUGAUGGACUCUCGUUGAGAAAUGUUGAUCUUUAUGCGAAUUUCUUUGUGACUUUACCUCCAUUACCGACAACGCUCAAUCAUAUUCGAUUGUCUGUAUCGGGAGAAGAAGAUGUCGCUCAAUUGAUUGGAAGUCUUGAAACGAAACCCUAUCUUCAAACGAUUGAUUUAAUUGCAACUUGUCGAGAGGAUAGUGUUCAAGCAAUCGAUGCCGUGAAUAACUUAUUAUGUUUGGCUCUUCCAUACAUUGGACACAAAAUCAAUUUGAUGCAGAUCUCAGUGGCGCGUCUCUUCGAGCCAACUUUCAAUGUUUUAAUGGAUUUUUGCCCAAAUCUAACCCAUCUUGCACUUGAUGUGAAAAAUAUGAAUAAUUUGCUGCUACAAAAAAUGUUUACAAAAGGACCAGGCUCGGGAUUGAGAACAUUGAAGAUGUCAAGGAUGAGACUUUCCUAUAGAGUACUUUUUGCGAUAGCCAGAGGAGCCAGAAAUGUGACGGAUAUGGAAAUGUCAUAUAUGCCUUGUGUUGAUGAUCGUUUUUUGGCAUUGUUGGCAUCAAAUUGUCGUCAAUUACAGAAUAUUAAUUUCAAUGGUUGUCGAUAUGUGACUGAUAAAGGAUUAACAAGAAUGGCUAGAAGAUGUCCAUUGAGAGAGGUGAGAAUCAGAGGCACAGCUUGCACAGAUCGAUCAUUACAAGUAUUAGCCGAUUGGUGCCCUCAAUUGGAAUGGAUUUCCUAUGCGGAUUAUUCGGGUCGUCCCCGUUUCACUCAAGAAGCAAUCGAUCGUCUAAAAGAAGCUUGUAUUAACAAAUUGAUUUGU